AAAAAUGAAUGGUGGAAAAACGAUUGGAACCCAUUUCCCUGUUUGACCGCUAGGUUUUAUGGGUAUUAUGACAUCUACACUGUGGGGCUCUAUCAGAGUGUGGAAAGUAGGCCACAGUCUUUUGUGUGUAAAUCCAUAACAUUGACAUAAAGGCACAACACUGGCAUAUGUUGUGACCAGGCUUGAUAGAAUAAAUAAGGCCACUGAGGAUGGAAAGCGAAACAAGAACUCUAUUUAGACAAAAACAAAACAUUUGAUCAUCACAGUUGGCACUUUAAAGCUUGUGAUGUUCAAAAAUGCCAUUGAGCUCAUAGGCCAUAUAAUAUAUAGGCCUAGAGUAGUGAAUUACAGCAGUAGACUUUAGGCCUACAGUAUGGGUUGAAUGUAGAAUUUACUGAAGGGAUCCAUUUACCUGAGGUGGGGGGCGUUUACAAAGAUCAAUGCCCCGCCUCCCGAUCAAUCAUUGGUGAGGUAGAUGGGUGAAAGGUGAGGUAGGGCAGAAGAAUCGUACGCAAUUGAUGUAUGGGCUGAAGAGUGGUAGUAGACUAACGUAUUUUCCAAUAUUUUUUUGUUUCAACAUUUUAUGACACGAUAUGUAUUUCACAUUAGCCUGCAAGUUGUUUUGGGACAUGAUUAACUUUGGAGCAUCCGUGUAGUCACAGUGCGUCGUUUUUUGCUCCCGCUGACUGACAGCUGGCAACGUAUGGUAGGUAGGUAGUUGGUCAUGGAUUUCUAAUGUAACUGCAAACUAUUCGAGUUGGUGGAUCAGACAAUUUACUUCGAGAGUGCGUUUUCACAUUUUACCGUAAAUUCCGAGGAGUUCACGCUAUGGAGAGUGAAACGAACGGAAACUUAACUUCCCAGCUUCACCUGAACAACAGCACCAAUGCGAAUGACAGGGUGGACUCCUAUGGGUUUGAGAAGCCUGAGGGUUAUGAAUCCUAUGAGGAGAUGAUGGCUCAGUAUGUAGCCGUUCUCACCAGGAGGUCUGCCAAGUGGUCCAAACUCCUGCAGGGGAAAGUCAACGUGGAAAAGACCCUGAAGGUGAAGCGGUACGUGCGUAAAGGUGUGCCCAAGGAGCACCGAGCCCAGAUCUGGAUGGCAGCCAGCGGGGCCCAGGAGCACCUGGAGAAGAACCCAGGAUACUACCACUCUCUGCUGGGCACCGAGCAGCAGCACGACGCCAAGCUGGAGGAGACCGUCCGCAUAGACAUGCACAGGACGUUCCCCGACAACGUGCAGUUCCGGAACAGCUCAGAGCCCUGUCUGCAGAAGGCCCUGUACAAUGUGCUGCUGGCGUACGGACACCACAACCAGGUUGUGGGAUACUGCCAGGGUAUGAACUUCAUUGCAGGCUACCUCAUCAUCAUCACUAAGGAUGAAGAGAAGUCCUUCUGGCUGAUGGACGCUUUAUUGGGAAGAAUACUCCCUGACUACUACAACCCGGCCAUGCUGGGGUUGAAGAUGGACCAGGAGGUGUUGGGGGAGCUGGUGAGGGUCAAAUCCCCGGCUGUGUGGCAGGCCAUGGUCCAACACAACGUCAUGUGGACCCUGGUGGUCUCCCGAUGGUUCAUCUGCCUCUACAUCGACGUCCUGCCUGUAGAGACAGUUCUGCGGAUCUGGGAUUGCUUGUUUUAUGAGGGUUCUAAGAUCCUGUUCCGCGUGGCCUUGACUCUGAUUCGCCACCACCAGGCUGAGAUCCUGCAGGCCCGCUCCAUGGUCGAGCUGUGUGAGCGCUUCAAACUGAUCACUCAGGGAGCCUUUACAUACGACUGCCACACCUUCAUGAAGGAAGUCCUCCUUUCUCUUCUUCCUCAUAUUGACAGGAAGUCCUCCUUUCUCUUCUUCCUGACAUUGACAGGAAUCCUCCUUUCUCUUCUUCCUGACAUUGACAGGAAAUCUUCAGGGAACCAGGAAGUCUCUCCAUGGCAACCAUCUCUAAGCUGCGGGAGACGUGCCGAGAGCGUAUUGUGGCGGAGGAGACCAGAUUCCACCCCUGACCACUCCUCCACCACUAAUAACCUCCCUAAAGCAAUAGCCCUGCGCAUGUUCCAGGUCAUCUUUAUUUGCCCUCACGCUAAACAGAUCAUCAGAUCUCACAAUCCCUGGAGAAAUGUGUAAUAUCUCAGGAACCGUAUGAUGACAUGGCAAUCUUCUGAGAUGCUAAAAUGGGCUGAGCGAUUGUAGUACCCCAACUGAAGAUUAUUUGUUGUUCUCAGGUAGCGAUUCUUUGCAUUGUGAGAAGCAAAAACUGUAAUUUUGUACUUUUCCUGUGGUAGGAUCAUGGGAACAAUAGGUUGUGAUUUGACAGUGGAGAAGGGUUGUAGAUAAUGGUGUCAAUUCUGAAAUGAAGUCACAGGCUGUAGUCCACUCCUCCACCCUCCCUGAAGUGUACCAUCAUUCACUCCCAUCCAGGAAUCGCCUGGGAAAAUAAACUCUAGCCCAUACUUACACCAUACAAAUGCUUUAAAUCCAUGAGGGACAGUAAGCAAGUGCAUACUUAGGCCCGAAUCCUAACUUGAUCUGUGCGCUAAUCUUCCAUUGAAUGCAUGAAUUACAGUUUGUUAAGCUUGUGCAAUCAUACCUCGUUAGGAUUUGACUUCUUAGGGUGUAAGGUUUAGGAAUUGGACCUUUCGACUCUGUUUUUGCCACAAUAAAGGGCUGCUCUCUCACAAUUA